AUGUCAGACAACACGUACCUGCUCAAGUCGCCUCGCUUUGACCUGGAUGAGGAGCCGGGCGACUCGCAUUCCUCCUCGGGUCAUCAGUGGGUCGGUGCCUUCGAAAGGGUUCUCGGCGAUCGCGAGAGUCUCGCCUCAGAACGUCCUUCUCGACCCACCGCUAAACAGGUCCCUUCCACCAAUCCCCUCAUCGGUGCACGCGACGCUCGAAACCCGUCCAUUCGACCCACUGGCCUGGAAGAACCCACCGCUGAUCCGGCCAGGUCGAACGCCGCCUCUCGAGCCGGCAGUUCGCAUUCAAGCAGUCAUGGUUCUCCGUCUCUGCGAGGCGUGCCCGCUUCCGACCUUCCGAUCACAGACAACCCAACCGAUCAAGCGCAGGCUUCGGCCAGCUCCGGAGCUAACUACAACGGCGGUGCUCUGACUCGCUUCCGUACAAACUCGUCAAGUGGCAGCGUCUCGCUCGUCUCAUUGCCUCCCUCUUCGGCAGCAUCCACACAGAACGCCUCGUCCAGUACGAGCUACGGGACAUCAUUGCAGCCGCACGGCAAGUCGGUUCCUGCCUCUCUCCACAUCGGACCACCCCAGCUUCACGACACUGCCGAGUUGAGGGUGCACUCCCAGGGUCCAGCCUGCAUCUCGGUGAAUGUCCAGGAUUGUCUUCGCUUCGAGCGCAGCUACAUCAACCAUGCUCCUUGCGUCCACCACGUCAUGGUCACCAACCGUAGCUCCGAUCGUUGCGCUCUCGUCCGGCUCGAGUCCGAUCUGCGGCAGGGCCUCAGCUUCAUGCGUCGCAAGAGGUCCAAUCAGAACGAGUUCGAACCUGUUGCAUGGCCUUCCAAUAGCUUCAACUGGGCUACCAACGGCGGCUUUGUCCCCGCCAACCUCAGGGGCUGGAGGCACGUCCUUGCCAAUCUCGAGAAUGCCGACUCCUUCAUUUUAGAUCCGCAGCAAACCACCAAGGUUUAUGUUGUGCUUCGACCCGCCGACUUCGUCGAGGAAGCUGAAGCAUUGCGCUCAAGCGGCAGCUGGCCUUACAAAACACAACUCUCGACAUCGACGCAGGUCACUGCCACCAAGCACGGUGACCUGUUGGCAUCGCCUGUGCCUCACAUCUCCCGCCCAGAGGAUGCCAUGCUCACAUCGCCCAUGUCUACGCCAGCUACCUUUGGCGACCAGCAAGGCAGCUUCAGUGCUGCAGCAUCGGAUCAGGACAGCGUUGGCAGUGUCACCGAAGACCUCGGUCUCACCUCUCCGCGCUCUGCGCCAGAGAUGCAUGCCUCGAAAGUGGCCUCUCGGGCGCAGACGGCACGUCCACUGCAUCCUGCUUUCGGUCUCCGCGGCAUCAUCACUGCGUCCAGCUGGCUGCUCCCGUCGCCUGAUAGCGAAGAGGAAGCUGUUGAAACGAAGAACGGCAAUGCGACAAGGAGCGGUCAACCCCCUUCCUCCGCCUCUGCCUCGGCUUCAUCACGACCGACGAGCACCUACGGCUCACAAGCGGCGUCCACGUCUGCUGCCUCGUCUGUCAUCUCUGCGCUUCGUUCCCAGCCCGACGAGCGAGACGUGCAAAAGAUUCGCAUCCCCGUCGCUGCCGUGCAAAAGAUUCGCAUCCCCGUCGCUGCACAAUGCUGUCGACCUUUGAUCGAUGCUGCGAUCGCCUCUGUUACUCCACUGGAUCUCAACUCUUCGUCCACACAGACGAGCAGCGGCUCGGCCAUCUAUCUCGACUUUGGCGAUGUCAUUGUCGGCCAUUCGCAGUCUCACACCCUGACGCUGCGCAAUCUCUCCGAAAUCGAUUGCUUCUGCCAGGUGAAGCUCGAAGACGCCGACAACAUGCUCCAAACGCCGCCCAUCAGCUUGAACGAUGCUGACACGGACGAGACGGUGCCUUCUGUCUGGGCUGGUGAUCAGGAAAACCUGUCGUACAACCCCUUGAUCCUCGGUCGCCUUGCAUCUAAGCAGAUCAAGGUCUCUCUCAAGCCACAGGAGCCAUGUCGGGACUACGAACAGGUCUUGACCAUCACGUCACUGCACAACUCCGCCAACAGCAUUCGUGUCGUCAUCAGAGCCAACAUGCUCGGCACUGCCAAAGACGACGCUCUAUCCGUCCUCUCCGGCGACUACCUCGACUUUGGCGACUGCUACGGCGGACACUGGACCAAGCAGCUGCUCGUGCUCAAGAACAACGCCGACGUGCUUCUCGACGUCUCUUUCGGCGUUCAGCAGGGCUAUCAGGUCAUGUUCCAGCUGGCAGAGUUGGCGCCACAGGCCGAGGAUGAUACACCCGAUCAAGAGGAGCUUCCACCGAAUGCUCAUAUGAGCGAGUUGUCGCUUUCAUCAGCCAGCACGGACGACCGCAGUCGAAUGUCCUCAGCAGACAACAGCAGCAGUGCCGGUCUCGACGGUGCUUCGAGCGCCUAUGAUUAUAGCCGACAGUCGGAAUCCGGAGGUGAACAGGCCGCGACCGCUUCCGAGCUCGCCAAGACACCGACGCAUCACGCCCACGUGCCGAAAGGAUCCGCUGCAUUGGAGCCUCCCGCCCUCGAGCUGCCAGCGGCGGAUAGCAGUGAAGAUCUGAUGCGAGGUCGCCGCGGAAGCGCACAGACGGAUGAGGAUGGUGUGGAUGCCUCUUCAGUUGCAUCGCAGGCAGGAUCACGAUCCAACUCGCCCGUCCGUCCCGCCGCCAGCUCUCCAUCGCAGGGCCCCGUCAGUGCAAUCCUUGCGUCGUCCGCAGCAGAGUCGGCUCGUUCCGGUAUGGGUGAGACACCUCAUCUCAACCUGAUGGACCGCCUCCACUCUGUUCGACCCCAAUCGCUCGUCUCUGCGCCCAGAGACUUUGACCAAGCGAGCGUGUCGACCACUCCGUACAGUCAGAACUCGUCCGGGCACAUGUCUCGGAAUGCCUCGUACAGCCGGCCUGCCGAGUCUGAGCGCCACGACGAUGCUAGCUCGGUACGCUCCAUCCACACGGCUUUGUCGCAGGACAGUCGAGCGGCUGCCUAUCCCGCUGGCUCCUCGAACGCUGGCUCCUCCGGCACUUCCGCCCGUCAUCAGCAUCGCAACACUGCCAGUGCUGCCCUGUCUGGAUUGCGCAAUGUCGAGAGCACACAGAGCAACCAGCUGGAAGAGCUCGUGCUGAGGCCCGGUGGCGAAUACCGCGUCUUUGUAUCGUACCGCCCUGAGCGUGUUGCUUGGGACGCCGACUUCAGCGGAGGUCGUCUGGUCGAGAAGACGUUCCGCAUCUCGCUCGAUUACUCGCGCGCGCGACUUGCCAACAUGCGAAGUCGAGGAGGUCGCGAGAGGAGGACCGUGGUCUGCCACAGCCGCACCUGCACCUCGUUCAUCUCAAUCGCUCCCAAGAUGAUCGACUUGGGUGAAGUGCAGGUGGGCACGCGCAAGUCGGCCAACAUCUCGGUCACCAACAGGUCCGAGCUGACUGCACGUGUCGAUCUGCGCUUUGUGUCCAAGGUGCUUAGCAUGUAUCGAGAUGAGGUUGCCAUCCCUACCCGGCAAACGAUCGAGCUCAAGGUGGAGUCCUUCCCUCGCAGAGUCAACGAGACCUACCGCAAGCAGAUCACCGUUGCCAACCUGCUCAACAGGCAGGGCGAUCAGAUCUUCGAAGUACGAUCCCGAAACGUUGACAAGCAGCGCAUCAGCUUCCACUCGCUCUUCUACCGCAUUCUCACACCGACCGGGUCCAACUAUGUCGACUUUGGCGAUGUCAACAUCAGCUCGACGCGCAUGCGCACCUUCACGAUUGAGAACGUCUCAGAUAAGAAGCUGUCGCUCGAGUUGAGCCCCGCGCAUCCCGAGGAUGUCACGCUAUACCUCAAGGCACCGUCGAGCGAUGCAAGUCGCGGCAGCAGUCCCAAGCUAGAGGCGAAGACGGCUGUCUCCAAGUACAGCGAGACGCAGCCGGACGAGAUGGAAGGCGGCGGUCCAGAAACGGCCGAGGCGAUGAAGGCUGGGAGCUCCAACGGUGGCUCGAGCAAAGCCAAGUCGGCAAAGACCUCGAUGAAAGGCGCUGAUCUGAAGGAGCGUUUCCUCGAGACCAUCUCGGUUGACUCGCCCACCUCAGUGCGGACGGAGAAUGCCUCGUGGAGGUUGGCGCAGAAGCACAGCCACUACCGCAAGAAGGAGGACGGCAGCGUUGUGUCUACGCAGAGGAAGUCGAAUGCGUCAGGCAAGGCGAAGCCCGCGAUUAACCUGGUCUCGGCGCUCAAGAAGGGCGGCAAGGGCAGGAUCACCGUCGGAUACGGCAAGACGGUCACGUUCAAGGACCGAACGCUCAUCAGUGUGUUCGAGUAUCUUGACCUGGCCUCUGGCCCGCCGGUGGAUGCCCGCCGCAUACCUGCCAAGAGCAAGAAGUAUGCGCUUCUCGAGAACAUCACGACCGGCGGCAAGCCAAAGAGUCUGGGUCAGACCACUGGUGCCAAGCUUGCCCAGGAAGACGACAGCAGCAAUGGAGGCACUACGAAGGCCAAGUCAGGGUCCAAGAACAAGUCGAGCCAAGCUUCGAAGGACAAGACGACGGAAGGGAGGUCCGAAGUCGGCUCUCUGUCGCCCACUUCCUCAGCGUCCAAAGCUGCUUCCAACGUACCCCGCCUGCCAUCUCCUCUUGCGAACGACAUUAUCGCUCAUGAUGCCUCGCGACGGGAUGCUUUCGCUGCUGAAGGAGCACAAGCAAGCUCUGGCAACAAGUCGCAACCAGCAUCGGCAAUCCGUCAGCCCGGCAAGAGCUCGAAGGAGAGCAAGGCAGGGGAUGCCUCAGCGCGUGUCCACUUCUCGCCUGCACUCACUGGCAAGCGCAAAGCCCCUCCUGUGCUCUCGAAUCCCGUCGACGUGUCACGCAUGUCGCUAGAAGACCUGCUCGCUGCUGUCGAGGCACAGACAAGCAUGCUUAGCACCUUCUUCCUCGGCAGUCCAGAGGCCGAAGAGCAGUUUGUUCGCGCCGAAAUCAACCUGCGAAGGGAGCUGCAGAGCUCCAUCGACGCUGGCAAGCUCAUCCCGCUCUCCGUGCUCGAAGUGCCACCGCGCUCCGAGGGGCAGGUCAUCGCUGUCUACCACCCGAGCGGCAGCACUCGGCCUCACAUCCAGGGCAACGCACGCAAGCAGGACUCGCGCAUCUUUAUGAGGUUGAUCGACUUCGACAUGGGCGUGGUCCGACAAUCCGAGGAGUUCUCGGGCAUGGCAGAGCUGGAAGCAGACGAGCUGCCGGUGCGGGACCUGAUGCUGCGAAGCAACACGUGCCGCAGUCUGCUGGAGCUUGGCCAACCUCACAUCAACUUUGGUCAUAUGGAGAAGGGCGAUUCGAAAACGCGCAAGAUUCUCAUCCAGAACCGAAGCGAGUGGGCUUUGCGCUACUGCAUUCGCAAGAGCGGCAGCAUUGCCUCUGGAGACAUCAAGCUCAGCAGCGGGCGCUACGGCGUCGUGCCCGGCUACGGCAAGCGCGAAGUCGAGUUCGUGUUCUCGCCCUCCAUGUCUGGACCCUUCCAGGAGAAGCUGGUGGUGGAAAAUGUCGCGGAUCGGGACAACGACCAGACGGUGGUGCUCAAGGCGAACAUCCGCAAGACGCCCAACUUUGCCGUCGACCCGAGCGCGAUCAACUUUGGCGCUUGCACGCCAGGCAAGCUGUCGACACCGGAAAGCUUUGUGCUGACGAACACGACGUCCAAGUCGCGCUCGUUUGUCAUUGCCAUCGACUCGCAUGAUCUGCUGCACCAGCGAUGUUUGAUCGACGUCGGGCUGAGCACGGCUAGCGACGACGAGGUGCGGGGCACGCUGAGCAAGGAGGAGGAGGAAGAGAUCGAGAAUCUGUCUCAGAAGCUCAAGAUCGCUAGUAGGAAGGGAAAUGCGGACAAGGUCAAGAAGUACGAGGAUCGGUUGACGGCGUUAGGUGUCAAGGUGCCCAGCUUGCCAGCCUCCUCUGCGGCUUCCGAGGACGUUUCCGCCGGUGCUGCACAGGCCGAUGGCGAGGCGAGCAAGUCCGACCCUCCACCCGCAGCGCCGGAGGACGACACGGCCACCACCUCGGCACCGACCUCGGACAAACCCAAGGAGCUCAAACGCAUCUCCUCCACCGUCACCUGCACGCUCGCACCCAACAGCAGCAAACGCCUCAUCCUCCGUGUCCGCCCCAGCGCAGUACAAUCCGCGAUCCCGUCGCACACCUCGGAUCCAACCGACCGGCGCACCCCGCUAAAAGCGGGCAUGGAAGAGGUCAGCGUCCCCGUCAGCGUCCACGAGGUCAAGAAUCAGGACGAGACCAAGACGGUGGUGCUCCUCGCGACCGUCGAGUUUGACCUGCCGAAGAUUGGAUGUGCGGGCGGCAAGGAGGAGUUCCCGAGUGAUGCGGUGAUCUUUUCAAGUUCGGGAGAGUAG